AUGAGAGCCAGCAGUACAAAGAUAAAAUUGACAAAACUGAAAGAAGUGGAUGAAAACGUAAAAGAGAAAGAACUAGACACCAGCAAAUCUUCAACAGUAACCUACGAAGAGUUGAUUAGCGUGGAAGAGGAAUUGGUGUUGAUAAAGGAACGUUUCGCCCAGAUCACCGAGGAAAAAUUGAAGCUACAACGCGACCUGGUAUCCAUGACCGAGCAGUACCGCAUGGUGUGCAACAGCAGCCACAACAAGUACUUUUUUUACGUAGCUCCGCUGGUAUUUAUGGUGCUGUACCUACUGAUCAGCGCGAUGAUUUCCUGAUUAACGGCCGUACUGUUGUUGUUCUUUUAUUUCUUUAUUGAGUUUUUGUUGAAGAUUAUAAACAGGACAUAACGAAAUCGAGUGGCGUUUGACUACAGUGGGUGGUUUGAUGUCACUUAUACGGUGCAACAGUUUCUGGGUCAUCUUUUGUAGCGGAAAAAACUGUUUUUUUUUUCUGUUCGCCAGUGCCGUGGCUUGUUUCUAUGAAAAUAUUUAUUUUGGAUGAAUAAAACGUAGGCGAUCUUUUUUGUAUUGAAAUGUCUUGCUGCACUGUAUUACCAGCUCAUUUGGAGGAGCUAAGGAUCCUGUGUGGAUAGAAUCUCUAUUUCAGUGACGUAUGAACUAGAAAUAGCAAAAAUCUCAAGGCCUUUAGUACAUAAUUUUUUGUCCUUAAAGCUCAACAGUAUCAGACAACUUGAACGGGGUUUAAUUUGGGGCUUCAAUCUGCAAUGCUAUCUAAAGUUACUGAGUGUACAUAGUAUAAAAAAGUUUGAAAUGUACUGCAUAGUAUAUGAUGGUUUAUAAGCAUAUUGGUUCCCUUUAUCAAAGUUAUAAUGUAUAUCGGUGAUUUGAAACACACUGAGCCACAUAUACCUUAGUACAAAGUGGUUCCCGUUUUUUAGCUUUCUGAAAUCCUAGAAAAAUACAAAACUCACGCGAUAAACCAUCGCUUGUUUGGUGAUAAAGAACAACCCCUUUGUUCUCUUAUUUUAAUAAUUUAUUCGAUGUAUAAUCUCAAGUAGUUUCCCAGUUAUCAGAAGAUCGCGUUCAUGUUAUAUAUACAUGUUGGUUUACUGAAUUGUUCGAUUUUCCACUGCUGGGAACCAUGGAAUUUAAAUCAGUGAAAAACCUCCUGCACUUCUAGUCUUUCUCACGGUAUGUUACACAAAGAGAUGCAACGACAAGUCUCUCCUCAAUAACCCAAAAUAUUAGAUCAAAAUAUUUACUCAAUAACUAAAUGCAAAUUGUUAUUUUUCUAUACAUUUUCGUGCCGUUGUCUUGUAUUCAUAUAGUAGUAGUCAGUUUACUAGACGUAAUUUGGUUUCACUGUACCAUGUGGCUUUUCUGAAAAUUCACGGGGAAGAUAUGGCAACUGAGCAAAUUCAAAAUAUUGCAAAAAUUAAAAUAACAUAUACAUACAUAUAAUGGUAGAAAAUAAAACACUAGUCGUCGUACACAGUCUUCUUAGAGAUGCAAGGUUAUGACGCAUCGGUUUAGUUUUUAAUAAGUUAUGAACAGAAAGAACAUGUAAGUCUAUUGCUUAUUAUUUCUUUUUAUGCCUGUCAUUAUAUCGGAUGCACUGUUCUACAUAUAUAGAAGCCUUGAUGUUUCUCAGCUCAGUAGAGCAAAAAUCUGGGUUGAAAACAAACAAAUUACCAACCAUCAAUGUGGCAAUUUUCAGCAAAUUUGUUCUUGCUGCUUUUACUAAUCCAACGAUUAUGAUUGUUUUUGUCAGUAACAUGAGAAAACGACAACUACUUACGCUGAUUAGGAGUUUCUUAGAAAUAAAUAUUGAAAGAAGAUACGCUGCUCCACGAGUGGCAUACGGAUGACGUUUCAGAGUUUACAAUGUGUAUGACGUCACAUCAUGGCCGAUAGUGUUUCCAUCGUUUCACAUUAAAAAUGAAAAAUAUAUUUUUUUUUAAAUUGAACAUAUAUCCAACUUGCGCGUUUAAUAAUUGAAAUCGAUAUAUUUCUUUUUCCUAAACAUAAUACUGUAAAAAAUACUUAUUUAUUUUAUGAAAUUAGAUAUUAGUCAAGUAGCAUUUUCUAUCAAUCAUGCUAAAUAAAUCCUGAAAAAAAACAAAAUUACAAUCAAGCAGUUGUCAAACUUGACAACUAUAUAAGUACGAAAGGCACGAACCUGUAUUAGAAAUGAGCGUGAGAUAUACGUGGCUCAAUGUGUAUACGACUUCGACUUCAGUUGCCUUGCUUUCUUGUUCCCACCAAUCAACUGCCAGUUAUUAAUAAGAAGGCGGAAUAUAGAUAGACUCUUUUGGUUUCCCAAUACUUAACAAAUACAUGUGCAAUAAAAAAUCUGCGGCCUUGCGAACAUAUUUCUUGAAUCUCUUAAUCACUCGGGAAAGUAUUCAAUAUCGCUACUGCAUCAUUUGAAAAACAAAACAGAAACGGAACAGUGGUACUUCUAACCGAUUAUCAAUUAUUUUUUGAGGAUACGACCGAACGUUAGCUGAAGUGUCAUAAUGUCAUCCACGUACGACUAUGACAUCUGUCGUCAACUGGUAGGCAACUGUAAACCGACUAGCCACAGUAAUACCAACAGCCAUGGAGCAACUGGAGGCGUCGCCGCUUUUCUGUGUGAACGGUUGUAUUUGAAUACGUCUAUCUAGUCGUGUUGCGGUCGAGAUGUAGUUGCCAGAUGCUUUCGGUGAGAACAAUCCCAUAGGGGGACAUAGCCCCCCCCUCCCCCCCCCGUUUAAUAAUAGUUAUAUAAAAGCAUUAUGUCGCAGUGAUUUUACUUGUUAUUCUAUAAAUGACAAUGUCAAAAUUGCAGAUUCUCACUGAUUAGGUUGAAUGUAAAAUUCCUACUAAACUUUUUACAACCCCCGACUGAAGAUACACUUGCACAAUAUUUUCAUUUCACAUGAUCCAUAUUUUACUUUUAGAAAUCAUUACAAUAACUAAUAAAACUGGCCUACGACUAAAUGUAAUUCACUAUGCAAUGACAAUACAGUCUAAACAUAAAUAUUAUAAAGCCUAGAUAGAACUCGCUGAACCCCAUUUGCAACAAGUUUCCAAUGGUUGCAAUUGAUUUCAUGUAAUAGAUCACUAGAUCAUCAGCUACACACAUACUAUCAUUUCUUUAAUGCGCCCGUUUGAAAAGCUUGAUGGUAAUGGACGUGAAUAGACUCACUAAUAAGGUGUCUUGUAUCCUAAUAAAACAUUCGGAUGGCUAGCGGUAACGUUGCGACUAUAUAUAUGUUUCUACUUUUUAUACUGUUGUAACUUUUGUAAAAUUUUUCGACGCCUAAAAAAGUUAAGUAUCCAAUAUACACAAGAGACAAGACGCACAAAUAGCAAAUACCUUGUAAUCAGUAUGCUUAUAUUCAUUUGUACGAAGCAUUAGUUCAUUUGUAUUAUAUUAUGUCAUAAUACACAUAUUUAUAUCGAAUUAGAGAGUUGGACAGCGCGUUUUUGUUAUACGGAAUGAUCAUAGGUUAAUCAUUAGUUGGAUAUUUGAUAGCUUUUCAGUCAUGCUGGUAUUUUUACGUUUCAAAGUUAUCAGGCGGUUGGAAAAUAACAUAUCCGGGUACAGUUUUGAGUGCCUGUUGCCGUUCCUUCUGAAUAAGAUAGGGUGUAUGAAUUUAUAAAUAAAAGGUUUAGUUUUUCAUCUAUCAAGAUCGAAAAUACAUCUAAAUUUUAUUAUUUGAAUUGAUCUCAGUUUUCAUUGUAUAAUCUGAUUUGAAAAUACUGAUAUACGAUAAAAGAAUUUUUAUUUUGAAUGUAGUAGUAAAACUCAUUAUUCCACCAUCUCGUAAAGAUGCACCUGCAACAUUCACAAAAAUUGUUGAGAAUUUAGCAAUAUUAAUGACACAUCAUAGAUAGAUCGCAUAUACAGUGUGAGAUUUUAGUGUGGGCUCAGUAGAUAACUGCAUUAUUACGCAUGGUAUCUAAAAAAAGUUAAACAAAAUUUGUAAACAGUAUACUUUGAAAAUAUUUUUUUUGUACAGAGUGGUCCACGUGGUGACCCAAACAUACAUUUUUUUAAAUUUUAUUGCAGAUUCGGAUAGGCGCUACCAAAGGAAGCAAUUCAAUGUGACAUACCAUAUGGUUUUAUUCCUAAAUUGUUGAGAUAUUGGCCAAGACUUUGAUAACUCGCAUCUCCGCUAGACAGCUAGACUAAUGGAUUUUUUAUUAGAAGAAUUUCAUGCUUCCAAAUUUUCUUCCUGUGCACUUACUGUUCUAGUUUUUCCAUAGACUAUACAGCGGUUUUAAGAACGCAAAUUGAACGAUUUCUCCAAAUGUUCAUAUGGGACACCCUGCAUAUGUUCACACUUUUUGAUUUGCUUUUUCACAUGCUUUUUUUCUGGUAUAGGGUUUAAAGGAGUUUGUAAGAAUGCUUUUGAGUUAUAGUUAACAUUUUUGUAAAUCGGAUAUCAAGGUAAAUGAAAAAUAAAAAUACCUUAUAUCGGGAAAAGGCCCGUGAAAGGAGGAAUAAAAAUUGUGAACAUUUACAGGGUGUUCCGUUUGAAAACGUUCGUAACAAAAAAAUUGUUAAAGUAAGAUAUGGAGAAAAUAUAGGUCUAAAAAUUAUUCUGACGAAAAAUUAAAAUGUCUAGUUAUUACAGCUGUGGAGGUGUGAGUUUUUUUGGUAGAUUUGACAAUAAAAUAUGUUUGGAAUGGCCUAUCCGAAUCUGCAAUAAAAUGUAGGUCUUUCCAUUUAAAAAAAAAUACGUUUGAGUCAUCACGUAAUUAUGGAUCACCCUGUAGAAAUAAAUAUAUUUUCCAAAUAAGGAGGAUACUGUCGGCUACAAUUUUCGUAAAUAACUUUUCUGGAUACGAAGCGUAAUAACGUUAAGUUAUCGCCCGAGCCCAAUUACGUUUGAUUCUUGGCACGUAUGACCGUCAUAGAAGCCGGCAUAUUAAGGAUUAUCCAAAGAUCCAAAUCGUUUAAGGUUUAGCGGACAUCAGUGUGAAAUUUUUGACAUUACCCAGAACCAUUACAGUUUAAACUUGGUUGACUGAAGUUACCCGGGGGCCACUGUAGCUUCUCAUUCAUUACAUCAUAUAAAAUAUUUAAGGUAAAAUUAUAUACACACUAUUCAUAGGGCAUGCUUGAUUCGUCCUUUGUAUAAAAUUUUAUAUGUUCAUACGCAUUAUGAUGAUAUUAAAUAAAUUGUAGACAUAAGUUAUUGCGACUGAUAUUUUUAAAAUUAAUGGUUGAACAGCAAUUCUGGUAAACAAUCUAUAUGUUCAAGUUAUGAUAAAAGUACAACUAGUGUACAAUAAUUGCAAAUCGUACUAAAUAAACGACAGAUAUAAAUGCCAAAAUACUGUGUACCUAAAAAAGUUAAAACGAUCUCGUUUUUAAAAAAAUCUUUUAUGAUAAGUAUUUAGCCUGUCGCAAGGAUAACUAAAACAAGAUCUUUAUUAUUAUGAAAAACGAUAUGUUUGUUCUGUUCAGUGAUAUUUUUCGCCCAACAAAACUGAGCCCCAAAUCUCAAGUUGACCUUCAAGUUACUUUCUGGAACAAUGACGUAUUAUGCUAGCUUUUUUGAGAACUAUAUUUUUUUAAUUAACUCGAUAUACUUGUCAUAUCUUACGUCUGAUUAAGUACGCGUAUUUUCUUGGAAAUCGUAUGCUCAGUUUAUAGUAAAACAUGGUAGAUACAUUAUAACACUUCUAUCGAAAAUAUUUUAAAGAUUUAAUGAACAAAAUGCCAUAAUGUACGAAGUUAUAUUUAUGCUAACAAUGUAGAGUACAUGUGUAUAGCGUAUUUAGAAUUGAGAUAUAACAUUUUGUGAUUCGUCGUAUUGGAAAAAGAGAAAUAAUUGAUUAUUUUAACGUUAUCUGUUCGUGAAUUCUACAUUUCAGGUACAAUAAGCUGAAAUUGGAAUGUUUGAAGAGCAGACUACUCUGUAGUGAGAAUUUAUUGAUUGUAUUUUAUGUUAGAACAGAUAGUUUAAUAUAUUCUUUUUCUGUUUAUAG